UUGGGGGCAGUGAAUUUGAAAAUUCCUAAAUUUUCCAUCCAACUGGAGAAAAUAAUGGAAGAGCCAAUGUGAAAAGCAUAAAAAAAUAGUGAAAAAGAGAAAGCACAUCUGGUGGUGAUGAUGCCGCAGCAGUUUGCCAGAAAAGGAAGAGGAAAAUCGUUGGGCUGCCUUUGAUCCCUUUGCUUGCUGCGUGUGAAACAAGUGUGUUGGUGGCAGCUGGUUUGCUUCUCGAUUCUGUCGGUGUAUGAGUGCUUGGAAUUUGAUAGCUGCUGGCUGGCUGGCUGGCAGCCUGCUUGUGUUCCAAUAGGUAUAUCAUUGUGCAUUGCGUUUCCCGAAAAGAAAAAUUCGAUUUUCGUGAAAAUUGUUUGCGUUCUUGAGUGGAGAAAGUGACGAUUGAGUUGUGGUGUCAAUUUUGGAUACAAUUACGAUAAGGAAUUGCAGCUGGAUUCAUCGCAAACGAAGGAUUACGAACAGCCGUCAAUGGAAAGCAAUUAAUAGGUCACUGGCAUUCCGCAUGACACAAAAAUCGCUAACGUCUGCUGGCAGACCUAGAGAUGAACAGUAAGCAACGUAGAACUUUGAGGAGGACCGGUGUGAUCUAGUAUAGCACGAGAUAGCGCAUAUCCGAUCUCUAAGUAUAGGUUUCACAGUGUGACUAUGCGAUGCAAACACCUGCCGCCUGCCAACUAGAUCGUAACGAUGGAGACUGGUGAUACGGCCACCCUACCCAUGGGUACUGCGACACCUGCCCUUGUUCGUCCAAACACACUGCUGCCGCCCGAGAAAGAGCCGGUGAAUUUCCAAAUCAACCUUAUUGGGGCACCGCCAGAAGUAGAACAGCUGAUCGAGCAUAUCAAGGCCGUUGCAGAGCAAUUUCUGUACCACUGGAAAACUUUCCCUAUCAACUUGCCUACUCCUCUUUCGACCAGUCCGGGAGGUGGUGUAGGCAAUGGAGGAGGCGGAGGAGGGGGAGGCACAGUGGGCAGGAUAGGCGUUGCCAGCAACAACAAUACAACCAGCACCAAUCGGAAGUCACGCCCGAUCAAUCUGCGUGAUCUUUUCAUUGCGCCGCCGUUCGACGAACUGGAUGCAGUUGCAGCAGAUGGCACGGGUGAACCGCGGCUACUGAACAACACUCAACUGCGCUCGUUGCGUGAGAGAGGUGAGUUCGAGGUGCCCAGCCUGAACUUUCCCGGUCAAAUGCACCGUUGGAGACUGUCGCAGUUGCUGCAGAAAGGAUCGGAACGGACGCGUGAUUCGCUGCUCGGUGAUCUGGCCAUGUCGGCGCGAUUCCUAGUCAUUAGCGCCAAGGGGCGACUGUUUGGCCAUUUCUUCUCGGUGGUUCAUGCUGCGCACGCCUUGCUGCAAGGGCUGAUCAAGCUGGUCGAUAUGGUGAUCGGCGUUCCAUCGUUGUUGGCGCAAAAUCUAGAUAAUAAGAUUAAGGAAGAACGAUGCCGUUUUUUGGUAGCUGAGCUAGUUUGUAGAAGUGAGUACGAAGACUGUUUGGAUGCCCUUUGCAGUUACGUCCGGCAUCAACUUCGCCGAGCCACAAUGGAAAAGUUCGACGUUAAUUGUCAGCAGGCACAGCCCGUUCCGUAUCUGUACGUAACACCCAAAGGGCAGGAUAUAGAUUUGCGACUGUUUUCCAAAGAUAUUAUGCGCAAAGCACUGCCCAUAUUGGUAGGAAUUUUGGAAAAGGAAACUCGCGGAUGGUUUCUGCAUUUCCGCGAGCGUUUGAUAGCCGAGCUGCGGGAGCGCAAAAUGACCGAUGCCGAAAUUGAAGAGGAGGUAAACGAGGCCGUCAUGAAGGAAUACUUGCAGCGGGUUUAUACUUCUAUACUGUCGAAUAGCGAUUUAGCCGAUCUAGGAGAUAAUAUACCACAAUUGUUGGUACAACAGGCACAGUCAGUUGUUAUCAUGCACAAGGCGGUCGACAAAAUACAAAAGGAGCUGAAGAAAUCUCGUGACGAGCAUCGGAAGCUUCUUCAGGAGCAACAUCCGGUAUUGUCCCGCAUCGGGCCCUGGUUACGGGCAAAGCUGGAGGCCGGAGAGCAAUCCAAAAUUUCGAAAAUUACUUGGGGUGCCCACGAGGAAGCACUCAUAAUAGCCCAAAAGCACAACCUGCACCAGUCGGUGUAUUUUCUGACGCGCGAUAUGGCAUUCAUGAAGGAGAGGGAGCCGGUGCUGCUCAAGGAGCUGAAAAAUGCCAAAACACCAACGCGCAACUUCCAGUGGGCUUGCCGAAUAUGGUCACCAAAGUCGUGGAUCAUCCGGCGCAGCUUCCAGGGCCACUCGGAAGUGAUACCAACGGUCAUAACACAGCAGGCCACAUCGAUAGUUACCCCCCGGUCGGAUCCUAGUCAGCCAGUGUUCCUAGUGGAGAAGGAACUGGUACGCUCCACGAGCACCCGAUGGCCAAUGUGGCGUUUGUUGAAUCUUUUCCAGCGUACCUGGACCUGGACUUGGAACAUGAUGUUCCUGUUGGGCGUCAUUGUGCCCUGGUGCAGUCCGCUGGGUUUGCGAGCUCUACUUUGCGUGAAACCGUUUAUGGCAGAUCUGGAAUUGUCUCAGGUCAAUGGUACUCUGUUCCCUCGUAAAACCAGCAUUACUCAAACGAUGUGCUCAAGGCUGGUGGAAUUGUGGCGACACAUCUCGAAAGCUAGGACGCACUUUGAAACAGAACCGGACACGGGCUUUAUAGGGAAAGGCAUGACACGGCAUCUCAAUCGAUUGUAUAACUAUUUCAUAAAGGGUUUUCUUGGCUCAUUAUUGAUAAUGACCCUGUUUCCGUUGCUUUGUAUCAGUGUGAGUAUAAGUAGUAUAGCUUUCGCCAUCGCAGCCCCACUGUGGAUGCCCUUUAUUACGGUGACUUUGCACGUUUACAUGAUGAUGGUGUACGAUCUGGACUGUCCGGAUGAAAGUCGUCGGAAUCGUUACUGCAUCCUGCUGGAAGCCGUUGGGUGGAACAUUAUAAUGCAGGGAUUGAUACAACCCGUUGUGGCACUGAUAGUAGCCUCGUUCAUCUGUCCUGUUGUGUCGGUUUUGGUUCUGUUUGUGGGAGUUGCUCGGUACUGGCUUCGUCUCUUUUGGGACUCAAUCACGUUUCAUUUGUUCAUCAAGAAAUGUGGCCGCGUUCCGGCUAGCGAUAGUUUUGCUGUUAAACGUAUUGCUGGACCUGGUUUGGCUUUGGAUUACUACUUCUUAGUAAAACCCGAGCAAGCACUGGCUGCGUUCGAGGCCAAGAUGGAGCUGGACGAAUUACAGGCUUAUCAACAUUCGAUGGAAACCGUCAUAUGCCAACCACAAAAGGAUUUCAGCCAAUUUGUGGAAGCUUGCUUCGGUCCGUUCUCGGCACAGCUAUCGAAAAACGUCGGUCCCUACCGUCAACUGGAGCGCGAGGGACAAGACCUAAUGGCUUCCUUGCACGAAAAACUGGAGAAACGUCGAAGAGAUCUUCAAACCGGGCUGACGACCGCUGUCAAGUCAAGGAUCAAACUGAACACAAUGGAACUGAAGAUAGUUAUCCAGCAGUCGGCUUACAUGCUGGAGAAAUUCUAUCCGUCUCAUGUUAUAGCAAGGCUGUCUAUCAGCGAGGACGAAUUUUGGGAUGCCAAGGGUCUCUCCGUGGCCGAUUGGGCGGGUCUAGCCGGAAUGCUGUACGCCGAUAUAUUCAGUUUGGAUUUUCUCACUCCACUGUCGGAAAGUGACACUCAGUUCAAGCUGGAACCUCACUCGCAGCUAGAUCUAUCCCGUUACACUGAAAUGGUACAAAACACUAGUGAUAUAAUGGGCAUCAAUGGGCCGGAUCUCUUGGGCAACGUGUACGCCCCGCGUGGUAACAUUCAAGUUCACUCGCCGUACUUGGAGGUUUCCGCCUUCAACCCUCGCUCGCGGGUCAUGAUCAACUCCAGACGGGCCGAGAAGAGAAAUGACACUUCCUCGGGCCUGACCACUCCACGGGUGAGGGCUCGUCGGUCUCCGAUACCGACGCAAAAGUCCCGCAACAACUGGAAACCGUGGAAGCGAAAACAAGUGAAAACACAUGCCGCCGAUAAGCUGCUGAUUCCGCUUCCGAUUCCGCACCCCGUUCAUAUAGCCAUAUCAAUCUACAACCGUGAUUCGGACCAUCCCAUUCCGAUUGAAUCGGACAUAUGCUGGGACAUCCUGCGUUCGAUAGAAGAGUGUCAGGGCGAUCUGGAAGCGAUAGUGCGUUUUAGGGAAUCCGGCGGGGACGGAAAUCGUUCGGUGGGCAUAAGCGUAGAUGGAUUAGCCGCAAUCGAUUCCAGUAUCGAUUCGUUGGAUUCAAGCUCUUCCAACUCUGGGACCAAGGACAGCAUGGAUAUGAUAGCCGGGGCUAGUGAAACGUUACCUUGCACGAACCGAGAGGUAACGAUUAUAAUGCCAUCGACCAUUCUGGGUGAAGUGGACAAGCCGGAUGCCGCCGCGGACGAUGAGAACGAGGAUGCCACGGGGGAAGAAACGCCACCUGCUCCUACCCAUUUCCAUUGGACUUUGCGAAAUUGGGGCGGAGGCAAUGGAGCUCAGGAGGCGCAAGUGAAUCGUCGACGUAACACCAGCUACACUUAUAGCAGCAGCACAAGCGGCGGACCAGGAAACAUCAAUAGCGCUAGCACUAACUCUCAGAAUGACGCUCAAUUGGAGCAGAUUAGGGUGGACUUGGCCAGCCCGGAAGAUAUCUCGCUAGAUACUGAUAGUUCACGAGCCGUUUUCAGUGCUGCUUAUGGAACUACAGUUUGAAUAUUGAGAUAAUUUAUGCGUCAAGUUGUAAUUGUGUAUUUGUGAUAUAAAAAGUUACAGACCUACUUGUUUAACUUCAGUUCAAACUUACACUAUAGGAAAUACUUUCAAAUAUCUGCACCGUUCUCACAUUUCAUAAAUAUUGUUUUGUUUUAUUUAAAGUUUUAAAUAUAGUGUUUAUUUUUGAUUCAGUUUGUAGACGAAGUCAUUUUUAUCAUAUAUUUUUAAUUUACAUAUUAGGUUCAUCUAGUCUAUUUACAGCACGGCUCAACAAAACCAACUUGAGUUUGGUCAGCUACAAAUGUUACCUUCCCGAUAGGGUUUGAAAAGAAACUUCAAAUUUCAAUUCAAUGAUUUUACCUGAUCAAGUCUUACGUCUUACGUAACACAAUUUAGAGAGCUUCACAUAAAUAUGUGAGAUUUUCAUCGGCAACAGCAACGGCUAUCCUUGGUGGAUGUUCAUGAUUAUAGUUCAAAUGAAACAGAAAUCUUUCUAACAUUUGAAUACAAUAUAAAGAACUACUAAGUAUAAACGCUUGAAUUCAAGCGAUAAAUUCUUGCUUUUCUUAACAAUGACACGGACAUCAUAUUUUCACUUUUGAACCAUUUUUAUUUUUUUCGUUCUCAACUAUUAAAGCAACAAAAGCACCCUUCUGCGUUCAAUUCUCUUCCACUUGUCUUGCAAGCAAUGCAGGAUGAUACAUAUGAAAUUUUGAUCAAAAUCGAUGCAAUGGUAUAAUUUGCAGUUGAACAAAAUCAGUGUUGAGCCGUGUAAACACAAAUGGAUUUACUUCCGUUUUGUAACAUUUACAUAUAUUACUAUUUCCCAGAAUCGCAAUCCCGUACGCAACACAAGCAAACGGAUCCAUAUUUUGCGAAAUAUAUUUAAGCUAUUUAUGCUGUUCUAUUCGCUAUUAAUUGAUUGACACAAUAUAUUUACAAGAUCACUUGGAAGUGUCUCUCAAAAGCUCGAUGUUCUUGGAAAUGCAUUCGCAACGAGAAGGCAUUUACAAUUUGAUGUAAACCAAAUCGUGUGACGCUAGGCUAAUCUGAAGCUCGUAUAUUACUAACGCAUGAGAAAAACAUAGAUUUUUAUAUAUUUAGCAAAUAAACAAACACAGUUGAUCUGCCCGUAAUAUUAACCCUUAUGUGGCCGACAGGGUACCCGGGUACCCAGCGCCCAUUUAAAAAGCACGGUGUAGAAAAAAGCAAAAAAAUUGUCGGACACAUAACGGUUAAGUAGAAUUUGACAAAAACCAACUUGUUGAGAUUUUCUCUCUCCCCGUCUCUUUCUGUCCAUUUUGUUCCGAAAUUGUUUUACAGGGUAUAUUAUCAUUCUAUUUCUCAAGCAAAGUAAGAUCGUCAUGUUUUAUUAUCAAAUGCUUACAAAAUUCCAGGCCAUAUCAUUCCUUUUUUAUUGCACACAAUUCAGUAUAUACCGAUUGGGUUUCACUGUAAACAUUCUCAAUAUGACUAAUUAAAGGAAAAGAUAAAAAUGAAACAAUAACCUCAAUAGUUAAGAUCUACUUAAUACCGGAAUCUACAAUUUGAAUUAGUGUAUCUUGGAAGUAAACUCGUUAUACUUCAUCUACAAAUCUAGUUCUGUAAGACGGAAACUCACAAAGUAAAUUAGAACGAAAACGAAAAAUAUUUGACAAUUUUCAAUCACUAAAAAACCGCUUCACAAGAAACAAAACGACAAACCGCUGCAAAUCGAUAAAUGAAUAAAAACGCUCUCUUUACAUUCUAGAAACACGUGCACCCCUUCAUAUAAUUUAAGUGUCGACAGCACUCUAAGCAUUCGAUUUAUGGCUGCUUGAUUGCCACCAACCAGGUCUUAAUUUGCACCAUACUUUGAACAUUUCUUCAGUUCUGGCCAACGCCAAAGAUAACAAUAAUAGAAAGAAAUCAUUUAACGUACAAGCUUUUCUUCGAAUAAGGAACAAUAUUAUUUACACACACACACCGCCAAUCACCAAAAUCUCGGUUCUCUCUAGCUUCAAUGUAGGCUUCAACCCGUGACGCAAGAAUAGUACUCGUCUAGCAGCUAAUUAUAUUAUCGAGGGCAUAUCGUUACUUCUGCAUGCCUGUUAGUGUAUAUACAUACAAAACACAAACAUAUGAAUUAAUCGCUCACAGCAUAGUGGGUCCUCUUUCUUGAAUCUGAUUUCAUCGAGAAACCAAUAAAGUCAUCUGAUCGAUGAACCAGUUUGCGACUAAA